AUGUACAAACUAAAAAACACGCUAGCGGGACAUAAAAGGAGCGUAACGAGGGCUAAAUUUAGUAAUAGUGGAAACUAUCUCGCAUCUGCUAGUGCUGAUAAAACUGUAAAGAUAUGGGAAAUUGAAAAUGGAUACCUCUAUGAAAGCUUUGAGGAGCAUCAAGAUGGCGUGAAUGAUAUUUGUUGGUCAAGUAACGAUAAAUGUGUAGCUAGUGCAUCCGAUGAUAGAUCUAUCAUUUUAUGGUCAAUUGAAGGAAAUAGAGCUAUGAAGGUUUUGAAAGGACACACAAACUAUGUCUUCUGCGUUAGUUAUAACCCACAAUGCAACUUGUUAGCAAGUGGAUCGUUUGAUGAAACAGUGCGGAUUUGGGAUGCACUAAGGGGUAAAUGCUUGAGGACGAUAUCAGCACAUUCAGAUCCGGUACUAUCGAUUGAUUUCAGCAGUGAUGGCUCAUAUAUAGCAAGUUGCUCGAUGGAUGGUUUGAUACGUAUAUGGGAUGUCUGGACUGGACAAUGUCUAAAAACGCUAGUCGAUGAAUCUAACAAACAGGCAACUUUUCUGAAGUUCUCGCCUAAUUCCCAAUACUUACUUUCUGCAUCAUUGGAUCAACUGGUUAAGUUGUGGGAAUACUCUAAUAAAGAUCGUCCAAUUAGGACAUAUAGUGGUCAUGAUAAUAGUAUUUACGCGCAAUCUAUUGAUUAUGGCAUGAUAGAUGGCAAAAGAGUAGUAUUGGCAGGUUCUGAAGAUGGUAAAAUCUACGUAUGGGAUUUACAAACUAUGAAGGUUCUACAUAGCUUUACAGCACACAAAGAUGCGGUUAUUAAUAUUCAUUCGCACUCUCACCUUCCGAGGAUAUGUAGUUGUUCAUUGGAGAAAGAUUUGACGAUCAAAAUAUGGGAGUAUACAGACACACCUGCGAUAGAAGAUAUGCAUAUAGAGGCAACACCAUCUGAGCAAGCUAAUGAGGCACCUAAAGAAAACAUUGAGGUUGCCAAGGAGAGCACUGAAAUACCCUCCAAAGAAUCCACUGAAGCACAAGAAGACACCACAAUCACAGAGCAUACCAAUGUAACAACAACAGACAGAAUGGAUGAAAAUUGAAGACAAAUGGUAUCAUAAUGUAAAUUAAUCUCUAGGACUUUCCAAAGUGAAUAACGGGAAAGGAUAAACAUCUUGAUCGAGUAAACCAGCGAAUUCACCACCAAUACUUAUAUCAUUAGACUUAUCAUUUGCCUUGUUAGCUAAAGAAGGUGAUAGAUGAGCGUAGUGCUGUAUAAGUGCAGGUAAAAGCUUUGUACUUGAUUUCUCAUCAUCGAGAUUUAUAACGAUGUAGAGGUAAUCAGUUGGUAAACCAUACCUUAGAACAGAUUCAACGAAGAGUCUGAGGAAUUUGAUAUGUGCGAGUGCCUGAUAAGCCUCUGAGAAGGAAUUUGAUAGAGUGUGUGAGAAGUUUUUGAACUCUUGUUUUUCGAUUUCAGUAGCUUGUUGAAGUUCUUGAGAAGACUUUUGAGCUAAAGAGGAAUCGAAUUGGAAUUCUCUAACGAUGUAUUUGUUUUCACGACAUGCUUGUAUGAAGUCGUGUUUGUAUUUACGGAAAACAGAAACGUUUACCAAGACAAAUUCGCUAUCUUUAGUGAUCUCGAAAGAGGAUCUUGGUACUACCAUCUUUGAUAGUCUUUCAUAGUUGUUAAACCAUUCUUUGAUGUUGUUAAUUGGUAUAGCUACGAAGAUCGUCUCUAAGAAAUCAGAAUUCGUAACAUUCUCUUCUGACACGAUCUGGGCGAGAGACUUCGUAGAUAAGUUACCCAUUUGCUUGCGUUGUAACUGAUUGAGGGUACCUUUAGCUAUUUGGUAAUUCUGCUGUGCAACUUUAAAGUCUUGGUCAACCUUAUUGAUAUUCUUCAGGAUAGAUUGGAUAAUUUCAUCGAGAUUGAGUCGUUUAUAUUUGUAGUUAUUCCAAACGAAGUUGUUCAAGUAAGCUUUCGCUGAUUGUUCGUUUAUAGUUAAUGUAUUAGUUGAUGACUCUAAGUACUUUUGUGUAGUUGAUGUAAUUUGAUCAUCAAACUUCUGGAGCUGUUCGGAUAAAGAUAUGCAAUUAGCUAGAGUGCCAUA